UCGUCCAGCGCAAGACCAUACAACAGCCGCCGCAGCCGCUUGUUCACCCCGCUUACAACUACACGCUCGCCAUACGUAGGAUCACGCGCGCACUCCCUCGCACACGCGCGCGCAACACGCCCGGCCGCCGCCGCCGACCGCUCUCUGACGCGCAUGACGAAAUAAAUAAUAAACAAUAAUACCACCUCCGAUCACAAGUCUCGCGCACAGCAUUAUAUUGUACCGUAGAACAGCGUACUGUCGUUGCUAUACGAUCGUGUACUACAAAAAUCUCCCGACGACGCAGGAACCAUCACACACACGCUCCGCCGCGUAUACUCAGUCCGCCGCCGUACCGCUCGAAGACCGACGUAUACCGGUCCACGUCUGUUCUGCACACGCGUUUCACACCGACAGUUAAUCCACACACACUCACAUCAAGAUGAAGUGCUUAAGUAUCAUGAUGGUUAGCUUCCUGUUAGUGGCCAUUGCAAUGGUCAGCUCAAACGAGACCGGACCGAACGAACAAUCAUUGAACCGUUUGGCCAGAGCUGCCAAUGGUGGAAAAGAAACCAACUGUCACUAUGAAAAGACUCAGUGGUCCCCAUGCGAUGAAAAGACCAAUGUGAAGGCGCGCACGUUGACACUGAAAAAAGGCGACGAGACGUGCGAGAAGACCAAGAAGAUUGAAAAGAAGUGCAAAAAAGCAUGCCGGUAUGUGAAGGGAACGUGGAGUCAAUGUAACUCGCAUAACGAAAUGAUCAGGACGGACACACUCAAGGAUCCGUCUACUGAGAACUCAAACUGCGAGAAGACCAGACAGAUCACGAAAAAGUGCAAGAGCAAGGGACGGGGUAAUAAAGGAAACAAGCAAGCACGCAACAGGCAGUAAGCAGCCAAGCCGUCAUGAACACACGCAAACAAGCGCGUAAACAUGUAUAACAAAAAACCAAAAAAAAAAGACAAAAAUAAAAAAAAAAUCCAUCUUGUCUUCUCCUCUUCUUCCUCAUCCGUCAUGUGUGUAAUCGUUCAAAAUAUAACA